GUCAAGUAGCUAGGGUGGGCUCCGCCUAGGCGAGGAGUGGCGCCGGUGGGAGAUGCGCUCCCAGCUGUUUGCGGCGGCAGGAGCGGAAAAGCUGUAGGGCCAGGCAGCGCAGCGGCGACAGGAGUGGGGAACAGGUGUUUCAUAGUACUCAACUGCCAUAAAGCUUUCCUUAUUUUUGAAAACUGAACCAUCUAUUCAGCCAAGAUGAAAAUGUCAUUGCUGGUCAGCCACCUCCUGCUAAUCUCCAUUACAUCCUGCCUAGCAGAGUUCACAUGGCACAGAAGAUAUGGUCAUGGAGUUUCUGAAGAGGACAAAGGAUUUGGACCCAUUUUUGAAGAGCAGCCAAUCAAUACCAUUUACCCAGAAGAGUCUCUGGAAGGAAAAGUUUCACUCAACUGCCGGGCACGAGCCAGCCCAUUUCCGGUUUACAAAUGGAGAAUGAAUAAUGGGGAUGUUGACCUGACGAAUGACCGAUACAGUAUGGUAGGCGGAAACCUUGUCAUCAACAACCCUGACAAGCAGAAAGACGCUGGGAUAUACUACUGCUUGGCAUCCAAUAACUAUGGGAUGGUCAGAAGCACGGAGGCGACCCUGAGUUUUGGAUAUCUCGACCCCUUUCCUCCUGAGGAGCGUCCGGAGGUGAAAGUGAAGGAAGGGAAAGGCAUGGUGCUUCUCUGUGACCCUCCAUACCACUUUCCAGAUGACCUUAGCUACCGCUGGCUCCUGAAUGAAUUCCCUGUAUUUAUCACAAUGGACAAGCGAAGGUUUGUGUCUCAGACCAACGGCAAUCUCUACAUUGCAAAUGUUGAGGCUUCUGAUAGAGGCAACUACUCCUGCUUUGUGUCCAGCCCUUCCAUUACAAAAAGUGUGUUCAGCAAGUUUAUUCCCCUCAUCCCAAUACCUGAACGAACCACAAAGCCAUAUCCUGCUGAUAUUGUAGUGCAGUUUAAGGACAUCUAUACCAUGAUGGGCCAAAACGUGACUUUAGAGUGUUUUGCUCUUGGAAACCCUGUUCCUGACAUCCGGUGGCGGAAGGUGCUAGAGCCAAUGCCCAGCACGGCUGAAAUAAGCACCUCGGGGGCUGUUCUCAAGAUCUUUAAUAUCCAGUUAGAAGAUGAAGGCAUCUACGAAUGCGAGGCCGAGAACAUCCGGGGAAAGGACAAGCACCAGGCAAAAAUUUACGUUCACGCAUUUCCUGAGUGGGUAGAGCAUAUCAAUGACACUGAGGUGGACAUAGGCAGUGACCUCUACUGGCCUUGCGUGGCCACAGGGAAGCCCAUCCCUACCAUCAGAUGGCUGAAAAACGGAUAUGCGUAUCACAAAGGGGAACUAAGACUGUAUGAUGUGACUUUUGACAAUGCUGGGAUGUACCAGUGCAUAGCAGAAAAUGCGUAUGGAUCCAUUUAUGCGAAUGCCGAGCUCAAGAUCCUGGCAUUAGCUCCAACUUUUGAAAUGAAUCCCAUGAAGAAAAAGAUCCUGGCUGCUAAAGGAGGAAGAGUUAUCAUUGAAUGCAAGCCCAAGGCUGCGCCGAAACCCAAGUUUUCGUGGAGCAAAGGGACAGAGUGGCUGGUCAACAGCAGCAGAAUACUCAUAUGGGAAGAUGGUAGCUUGGAAAUCAAUAACAUUACAAGGAACGAUGGAGGAGUCUAUACAUGCUUUGCAGAAAAUAAUAGGGGGAAAGCCAAUAGCACUGGGACUCUGGUGAUCACAAAUCCCACACGAAUCAUUUUGGCCCCAAUUAAUGCUGAUAUCACUGUUGGAGAAAACGCUACAAUGCAGUGUGCUGCGUCCUUCGAUCCUUCCCUGGAUCUCACAUUUGUUUGGUCCUUCAAUGGCUACGUGAUUGAUUUUAACAAAGAAAUUACACAUAUUCAUUACCAGAGGAAUUAUAUGCUCGAUGCCAAUGGGGAGCUGCUCAUUCGCAAUGCCCAGCUGAAACACGCCGGAAGGUACACCUGCACGGCACAGACCAUCGUGGACAACUCUUCAGCUUCCGCUGACCUUGUUGUGCGAGGCCCCCCAGGCCCUCCAGGUGGCCUGAGAAUAGAAGACAUUAGAGCUACCUCUGUGGCACUGACUUGGAGCCGAGGUUCAGACAAUCACAGUCCUAUCUCUAAAUACACUAUCCAGACCAAGACCAUUCUCUCAGAUGAUUGGAAAGAUGCCAAGACAGAUCCCCCAAUCAUCGAAGGAAACAUGGAGGCAGCAAAAGCAGUGGAUUUGAUCCCGUGGAUGGAGUAUGAAUUUCGAGUGGUCGCAACCAAUACUUUAGGUACAGGAGAACCCAGCAUACCUUCAAACAGGAUCAGAACAGAUGGCGCUGCACCAAAUGUGGCUCCCUCAGAUGUAGGAGGUGGCGGUGGAAGCAACAGAGAGCUGACAAUAACAUGGGCGCCCUUGUCAAGAGAAUACCAUUAUGGUAACAAUUUCGGUUACAUAGUGGCAUUUAAGCCAUUUGAUGGAGAAGAAUGGAAGAAAGUGACAGUUACUAACCCAGAUACUGGUCGCUAUGUCCAUAAAGACGAAACCAUGACCCCUUCCACUGCGUUCCAAGUAAAAGUGAAGGCAUUCAACAACAAAGGGGAUGGGCCCUACAGCCUCAUCGCUGUCAUCAACUCUGCACAAGAUGCUCCCAGCGAAGCCCCCACAGAAGUAGGGGUGAAAGUGCUGUCGUCUUCAGAGAUAUCUGUUCAUUGGAAGCAUGUUCUAGAGAAAAUCGUGGAAAACUAUCAGAUUCGAUACUGGGCUGCGCACGACAAGGAAGCAGCAGCACACCGAGUGCAAGUCACCAGCCAGGAGUACUCCGCCAGGCUCGAGAACCUGCUGCCUGACACCCAGUACUUCAUUGAAGUUGGAGCCUGCAACAGUGCCGGGUGUGGACCUUCGAGUGACGUGAUCGAGGCCUUCACCAGAAAAGCCCCUCCCAGCCAACCACCAAGGAUCAUCAGUUCGGUGAGGUCUGGGUCCCGCUAUAUAAUCACGUGGGAUCAUGUUGUUGCGCUGUCAAAUGAAUCUACAGUGACGGGAUACAAGAUACUCUACAGACCUGAUGGGCAACAUGAUGGCAAGCUGUUCUCAACCCAUAAGCACUCCAUAGAAGUCCCAAUCCCCAGAGACGGAGAGUACGUUGUCGAGGUCCGAGCACACAGUGAUGGGGGAGACGGAGUAGUGUCUCAAGUUAAAAUUUCAGGUGUGUCCAUGCUCUCGUCAAGUCUCCUCAGCUUGCUACUGCCCUCCCUUGGCUUCCUUGUCUACUUGGAAUUCUGAAUGUUGUGGCAUCUGCUGUUCCCAGCCCAGCUCAGAGGACGCCCUUCAUCCUGGGAUGACUGUAAUUCCUUCUAAUCCCUGUGGCUCCAUCCUAAACCAAAUAAAUUAGACUCUAACAAGCUAUUCAACUGAUUUCCAACACAUUAUGACUGAGGCAUUCAGGAACCCUUUCCUCCAAAAGAAUAACUUUUCAAUGGAAACAAAAUGAUUUUUAACUCGUUCCAAUAUGCCUUAUAAACCAUUUAACCUGAUUCUGUGAAAGUUGCAUGAUUUAAUUCAAUGGACAAGUUACAGUGUUCAAUUCAAUACCAUAGGCUGUAGAAUGAAAGUAAAAUCACCAUACAUGGGUGCUUUACAUUUAAUGACAAGUUGUGAAACUUAAUAGAGGUUGAAAUGUUGAUUGUAUGUGGUACUUGUAAGAGUAACGCAGUCUCUUAUAUUAGCCUAUCUGUUUGGGGUACUGUGUGUUUUUGAAAGACCCCUGUCAUUCAUCAUCUUUUGAGUUUUCAAUAAAAUUAAAACAAAAACAGGACGAAAAGGUUUAGACAUAAACACCAUUACCAAAUCACUCUGAUGAAUGAGUUGAAAGUUUUUGACUAUGAAAACCAAAUUAUAGAACUUACUAUCAGUAUUCUUAUUUUUGGAGUAAUUUUCUACAUAUUUGCUUUUCAGAAUCUGUAAAGCCCUUCAGUUCGUUUUCUAACGCUGUAGUUCACACGCCAUGUGAGGAUUUUUUUUUUUUUUUACUUUUGUAUUCUAAGCUGAAGUUGUUUUGUGCUUUUCCUCUCACCGAUGCCAAGCCACAGAGCUCACAGCUAAUGUGGAGUGCUGGCUACUUCUGCGUUUAUUCAUAUGUGGAAUGACAGGUUCGGGGGAGUAGUGUGCUUCCAUUUUUACUAUAAUGUGACCGUCUGUAUACAGUUAGUAGUAUCUGACAGUACAGCGUCAGAAGCUCUGAAUGUCCUCAUUGCUCCGGUUUUGUGCUUCAUGCCUAAGUCUAAGCUCUCUAUAGAAGGCGUAGAAUCAAGAAAUCGUAUGCUGGUUGAAAAAGCUACAGAAUUCCUUUGAAAGAAAUUGAAAGCUCAUUUCCCAUUUCAAUGCAAUACUAAAAACUGGCUAAAAAUACCAAAUCAGAAUGUUGCUAGUGGUCCUAUAAAGAAUAUGCAAAGUUGGGAGGCAGGAAAGGUAGACAGUAUCCUAUCCAGGGAUGUCUCCCAAGUGUUCAUGUGCAGGAAUUUGUGAGGUGUGGAAGGGAAACCUGUGUUUCCCCAUUACCAUGGUGUGCACGGAGAUGUGUCUGAGUGUGGGUGUGAAAGAACUCGGGUAAGAAAGAAUUAGCUGGCUCCUGGAAUAGUGCAAUGUUUGGUUCCUUGAGAGGUCUAAUCCUAUUUUAUUAGCACAAUCUUGCUGGCUAAUUAGAGAAGAGUUUAUCUUUUUAGAAAGGAUACCCUAUAGGUCCAUAAAGAAUAUUUACAGGAAGCAAAAAUAGAUCUAUUAAUAUGUUUACCCCUAUCUUUAAUUUGUAUAAUUUUUGUACUAUAUGUGUAAAUGUUUAAAGUCCUCAUUAUGAAGAUAUCAAUAAAUAUUUCAUUGAUUUACACUUAACACUUUGUUAUACAAAUGAAGCUUUUUAAAAAUCAGUAAGACAAAUGCCUUCCCAGCAGAAGUAUGUCAACCAAUCACCGACAGAUUUCGUAAAACAUUUAAAGGUUUGAAAAAGAAGAAAAUGACUUCAUACUUUAGGGAGACGAAAACUCUGUUAGCUUUCUGUACAAAUGUUGUGCUUUCCUUGUUUCAUUUGGGGUUUUCCUCUUGUGAAGUGACCCAUGUUGGGCAUUUGAUAUCAUCAGUAACGACUACAUCUUUUGCCAAAUGCAUGCCUGCCUUUUAAUUUCUAAUAUAUGGUAAUAAAGACCAAAACUGGCUAGAUUUUUGCAUGAAAUGGUUCCGAAAGAUAAGCAAACAGACUUGAAGGUUGUUUAGUUUUCAGUAUGUGGCGGAUAGAUUCAACUCUCUCAUGCACUAAUGACUUCUGCUUUUCAUUUUCUCCUAUAAGUGUACAGAAGUGACUGGGACCAUUGGUUUUAAACAGUUGUCAAGCUAACCAAUGUAUCAUAUGCUUUAAAAUGCAAGAUUCUUAAUUAAACUUUAUAUAGCUGUAGACACAUCUGUGAUUUCUUUGUAUUUCAGGAAAGGGAAUAGUAGUUUUAUUUGAUACUGAUAAAUAACAAAUUGAUUUUUUUAGUUAUUUUUUAUCAUUUUUUCAAUGGAGUAGUAUAGGGCUGUGGUUUUUCCUUUUUAUGAAUGAAUACAAAUUAUAAAGAAAUAAAUGUCUUACUGUUGUCCAAAGAGUAACUGUCCUUUUAAUUUACCUGAAGUUUAUAUUUGUUUUUUUAUUUGUUUUCUUUUUGCUUUUAUUUUUUUUUAAAGUUUUCAUUGUGAGCUUGGUGUUAUGGAGUCAUUACUCCUGGGUAAGUAACAGUUCAGAGUUGAAAUAGCUCAAUGGCACAAAAACUCCAUGGGCUAGAGAUAUGGCUCAGAGGUUAAUAAUGCUUCCUGCACCGUUAUUAGACAUCUCACUAUUAACUGCAACUCCAGAUCUAGGGAUCUGAUGUUCUCUCCCAACUCCCUGGGCACCUGCAUGCAUGUGAUGAACAUUAUCUUACCCAGGAACAUAUACAGAAGAAUAACAAUAAAAAAAUCUAAGGAAACAAUGCAAAACUAUAUCCAGAAAUAGUCAGCCGUACACGAGAAACACUGAGAUUGCUCAGUCUGCAGCUGAACAUUAGAUGCCCAGAAAAACAGUCUGCUUUGUCUUGAGUGUGCUGAACUUCAUGGAGGAAUUUGCAUAAAUCCACAAAUCUAAAGGCAAAGAGCCUGAAACAGAUAAAAAUCUUUUCAGAGUCCAGAGCAAAACUGAGUCCACAAUUCUGUCCCUUGAGCUUUCUUUGCCUUUUUGUUGAGUUCUUUUAAGCAAUUUCUUCCUCCAACAUUCUGAUCGCCUUUUCUGGUUCAUGAACCUUGCUUCUUUCUGGGUUUUUAUUUUCUUUUGUAAGCCCUGGCUCUAUUUCUCGACCCUACGUGUUAGGUUACUUCUAGUUCAAUAUUUUGCUUCGGGCAUGUGACUUUCAGCUGAUUCCCGUUGGUAUUGCUGCAGGCUUUGGAUAAUCAAAGCUUUCUGUGAGUUUGGGUUCCACAGAAGAGGGUUGACACCCGGCUGCCUCUCAGGAGCGACCUGGGGGCUUGAAAAGAUACUAUGCAUUCCACUGUCCACCUUGCGGACUUAACAAGUUAGAAUCUUGGAGUGAAGAACAGGAGGCUACAGUUUUUGAGUGGCAUUUGGAAAUGUUGAGGGAGUGGGCUUAGAAAUCAAAUUUUCAUGAUUAUUAAAGAUUGGUUAACUGAAAAAUUUUAACUAAAUCAAGGCACAGUUCAACAUUAUGCACACAUAACUUAAAUACAUCUUAAGAAAAUCUGCAAACUUGUGCAACCACUUGGGAAAUCAGUGUGGCGGUUUCUCAGGAAAUUCGGGAUCAACCUACCCCAGGACUGAGCAAUACCACUCUUGGGAAUAUACCCAAGAGAUGCCCUAUCAUAUUACAAAAGUAUUUGUUCAACUAUGUUCAUAGCAGCAUUAUU